AUGGUGACGGCCGGAUUCUUCGAGGUGGUGGCAGUGUGCGUGGCGCUAGUGGCGGCGCUGGCAGCGACACAUGCACGCUCGGAGCGCCGUAAGCGGCAGAAGUUCGCGGUGCAGCAACCGCUGGUCACCACCAAGAGCGAGCUGGAGCUGGUCAAGGACAUCGUGUACAUCAACAACUCGACGGAUCCUGGUUCCAGCUUCCGUAUGGAGCACUCUAGCCACGCGCUAAAUGUGGAGGGCAAUCAGAUCCUCGUGGUUGGCGUGUGCGGCGGCUCCGGCUCAGGCAAGACCACACUCUCGCGCGCCAUUAUGGCGGAAUUCGGCACCGAGCGCGUGUCGUACCUCUCGCACGACUACUACUACAAGGACUUGAGCCACCUUACGAUGGAGCAGCGCGCCAAGCACAACUUUGACCACCCGGAUGCGCUUGAGACUGACCUCAUGGUCAAGCACCUCAAGCAACUACGCGGCGGUAAGACUGUGGACGUGCCUGUCUACGAUUUCAGUACGCACUCCCGGUGCAAAGCCACCACCCCGAUGAAGCCCAACAGCGUCAUCCUCGUGGAGGGCAUUCUUAUUUUUGCUGAUCAAGCGCUCGCCGAUCUCAUGGAUAUCAAGAUCUUCGUCGAGACGGCUGCGGACAUCCGCCUCGUACGCCGUUUGCACCGCGACAUGGAGGAGCGUGGCCGUACAGCCGAGUCCGUCAUGGACCAGUAUAUGAAAACGGUUCGCCCCAUGCACAUGAUGUUCGUGGAGCAGUCGAAGCGCGUGGCGGACAUCAUUAUUCCGCACGGCGUCAACUCGGUGGCUCUGGACAUGAUCAUCUCUAAACUUCACAACUUCACGGCAGGCCACAGUGCAACAGGCAGCAGUAGGUCCAGCAGCGAACGCUCUGACUCGAUCGAGGAGGCACCAAGCGCUUAA